AUGUUUAUAAAUGGUCGGAUUUCCCAGGUUAUUAUUGGUGAUGAGCAGCGGCAAUACCUCUUGGUGAUUGGGCAGGAUGUAGAUGGUAUCAGGUUAGCUCAGCGUUUGGCUCAGGCAAAUGAAAUUGUCCUGUCCUGGAACUGCUGGAAGCUCUGUGAGCAGUACAUGUUUGAAGUGGAAAUCAUGAGGGAGGAUGAAGCUGUGAAGUUAAGAGAUAUUCGGAUCAUUGACCCAUUUGAUUUUGAUGAGCAUUUUGAAAAGUGCCUUGAUUAUCUGCCACAUUACCGUACAAGUACUGAGUCACUAAGAACUGCACUGGAAUUAGAUCCAGACUCUGCACUUGAACAAACACUGCGGAAGCACAUAAUGAAAACUCUUUUGAAGAAGAUUGAUGAAGGCCAGCCUGUGGAGUAUAUAUCAGAAUUCCGUACAGUGACUUUGGUUUUGGUCAACCUGGAGUUCCACAAGGCAGCCUGGUUGUUGCAUUUGUGCCAUCUCAUCCAGGAGGCUGCCUUGUAUAUCUCCACAGUCAUCGAGAAAGGGGGUGGCCAGCUGACCCAGGUCUUUAUGUUUGAGAAAAGCUGCAUGUUCCUCUGUGUUUUUGGCCUUCCUGGGGAUAAGAAGCCCGAUGAGUGUGCACAUGCCCUGGAGAGUUCCUUCAGCAUCUUCAGUUUCUGCUGGGAAAAUCUUGCUGAAACAAAGCUUGUUUCCAUCAGUAUUACCAAUGGACCAGUAUUCUGUGGUUUGGUGGGGGCAGUAGCAAGACAUGAAUAUACAGUUAUUGGCCCAAAAGUGAGUCUUGUGGCCAGAAUGAUAACAGCUUAUCCAGGCUUGGUGUCCUGUGAUGAAGUAACAUAUCUAAGAUCCACACUGCCUGCUUACAACUUCAAGAAACUGCCAGAGAAAAUGAUGAAAAAUAUUUCCAACCCAGGGAAGAUGUAUGAAUAUCUUGGCUAUAAAAGAUGCAUAAUGUUUGGGAAGAGACAUUUGGCCAGAACAAGUAAUAAAAUUCACCCUUUGUUAGACAGGGAGAAAGAGCUGGACGUCUUCAGUUUGGCACAGCAGGAGUGUUUGCACCAGAGGAAAGGAAGAGCAGUUCUGUAUGAGGGUGGAAAAGGCUAUGGAAAAAGCCAGUUGUUGUCUGAAAUAAACUUCCUAGCCCAGAAGAAAGGUCAAAGGGUAUUGCCACUAAUGCUGAAGGAAGCAGAUGCCAAGCAGUACUUCUAUGCCAUCCAGACGCUCAUGGCCAUCUUCUUUGAUAUUGAUAUAUGCCCCGCCUAUUGUCGACAAGAGUGCCUACAAAAAUAUCUCUCUGGGAUGAUGGAUGAACCUCUUUACUGCCUUUUUAAUGACAUCUUCUUUGUUAAGGCAGUGAGAGAAGCAUCAUUGGUUUUCCUCUUUGAUGAGGCCCAAUAUAUGGAUGCAGCUUCCUGGGAGUUUUUGGAAACAUUGCUCUCCAGUCUGCCUAUCACCAUGGUGAUGACAUUGACAACUCCCGUCAGCCUGUGUACUGGGGCCCUGCACUUCCUGCAGAGCCCUCAGGCUAUCCUUGUGCCAGUUCCAAAGUUGGCAGCAACCUCGCUGUUGAGAAUGGCAUGUUGGGAACUAGGGGUGGUGAGCAUCCCCAAAGAGCUGCAGAUCUACCUUCUCCACAGGUGCUCUGGAAACCCCUUGUACUGUGAGGUGCUGUGCCAAGACCUUCUCUCUAAGGAUAUACUGACAUUUCAUAAUUUAAAAGAGGAGGAAGAAGAGAACAGCAAGUGGGAAUCACUCUCGGCUAAUGCCAUAAAAUCCACGAUGUAUACUAUUUGUCCUGCCAACUUUGACGAAGAACAGGAACUUCAUGUCUGCACAGUCAAAGAUGAUGUGAACUUGGAUACAGUUCUUCUGCCACCACUCUUGAAAGAAAUAGCUGUAAACCACAUGGACCAACUGAGCCCCGAAGAACAGUUGCUGGUCAAGUGUGCUGCAGUCAUCGGUCACUCCUUCCAUGUAGCUCUGCUGCAGCACCUCCUGCCUGGCUGGGAUAGAAACAAACUACUGCAAGUGUUGAGGACUCUUGUGGAUGUGCAUGUGCUCCACUGGCUCAGUGAGAGCCAAGAGCUUCCUGCUGAGUCUACGUUAGCACCUCAUUCCGUUAGCAACCAAACCAAAGAGAAAAAGUCAGAUGCUGGCUCAGCCUCUCUUCUCAGGCUUCAAGAAGAAAUGCCCCUAUCUCAAACUAACAUGCUAGAAUUUGGAAUGCCUCUGUUGCGGGAAGCUGCCUGGGAGCUGUGGCCUAAGGAGCAACAGAUAGCUUUGCAUCUUGAAUGUGCCUGCUUUCUCCAAGACAUGGCCUGCCGCUGUAGCAGCUGCCACGGAGGGGACUUUGUCCAGUUCCAUCGUUUCGCAGUCUCUUCCACCAAGAACGCUAGCAGGACCUCUAGAUUCUGUACUUAUAAAGACACAGGCUCAGUGCUAACACAAGUGACCACAGACAAAUUACAACUACCUUCUCCCCAAGAUAGUCUUCAUUUCCAGGAAACAGCCUUCAGAAGUCAGGAGGCCUUCUCAGGUGAACACUGCAGAACAGAGGAGGAAUUCCUGGAUCAAGUAAACAGGCAAAUGGCUCAAAACAACCUGAAGAAAGACCGGCCCUGCUACUGCAGACAGAUCCUGAGGUUAGUGCUCUCCCCACUCAUCCAGCACUGUCUCAUCAUUGGAGAAACCACCUGCACAUUUUAUUACCUGCUGGAGGCUGCCGCUGCCUCCCUGGACCUGUCAGAUAAUUACCUGGCCUUCUUUUAUUUGAAGAAAGCAAGCAAUCUUCUGGGACAAUCUUCAGCAUUCUUGUUCUUGAAAAAACACAAGGUAAAGAUCUGUCCAUUUGAGGAAGCUACUUUCUGCCAUCUCCGGUCAGAGGUCUGUUUCAACAUGGGACAGAUCACCUUGGCCAAAACAUUGGCUAGACAAGCCCUUCAUCUGCUAAAAAGGAAUUUUCCUUGGACCUGGUUUGGUGUACUUUUCCAAAUAUUUCUGGAAAAGUAUUGGUAUUCCAGUUCCCUAAGACAUCCUCUGAACAGCCUCCAUGAGAACAAGAAGCAGCUGGCAAUCCUGCAGCAGCAGGUGCAUUGCCUCUCCCUGCUCUGGCAGCUCUAUAACCGGGAGGCCACAGCCAGCAGCCGCAGGUUUGCCUACCUGGCCACCCUUAUGCAGAAGAAUUCAGCUGAGGAGUCUGCAAAUGAAACCCAGGUUGUCUCGACCUACCUGGACCUCUCCCAGUUCUCCCAGAACAUGGGUAACAGGGAGAAGUGGCUGCAGUGUGAACAGAUGGCCAUUCAGAAGAGCAGCCUAUGCUUGCUCUCCAGGGAGGGACUGCUGUCCACAGCUCACCUCAUGCAGGCCUUGGCAUACACCAAGCUGUGCCUCGGCCAUCUUGACUUCUCCAUCAAGCUGGGUUUUCAAGCCCAUGAAUUAUGCAGACACCUCAAGAAACCAGCUCUGGAUAAUUUGGUUCUCUCAGUUCUCUUUAGAUCUACGUUUCUGAGAAAGAAAUUUGAUCUGUGUAUCCAUGUGCUGGAGAGUCAGUGGAUGCUCAUUUCUCAGGGUCAUGAUGUCCUUGGUCUGGCCUGUUUCUACUCUGCUUGCUUAGACCUGCUGCUGUACGGAAGAGGAUUGCUGUGUCGACCCUUCUGUGAGUGCCUAAAUUUCACUCAACACUAUGAGCACAGCUGCAUCCUGACCUCUCAGUGUGGUAUUAUGCUGGGGCUCCACUCUUCUCUGGCCAUGUGGUUUGCCCAGAACUCACAGUGGAACCUUUUUGAGCAUCACUUCUCCAAGGCCUGCCAAUUGGUGAAAAGAACCAACGCCUCACUGUUUGGUUCACAUGGCUUCGUCCGAUUCUUAGAGUGCAAUGUGCUCAUGUUGCAGAAAAUGCCAAAGGAUGCCUUCAAGCGCAGUCCCUCAGAGUCCUACAGACAAACCCUCCAGUAUUUUAAGGACUUCUUCUCUCGAUGUGUGACCUGCCCCGUCUAUCACCAUUGGGUCUCUGAGCUCAAGGCCACUGUAAUGAGAUGUGGGAAGAGAGAAUCCAUGGCCUUGACCAAUAUCAUCAGACCUCUUGAUACCUGUCUGGCCACGAUUUCGAUACAGGGAGAAUUCCUAGAGGAAAACAACUCUUUGGAAAACAAACUUAGAACUACAAAAAUUUGACAGAGUAGCUGGUAACAAGGAAAAUAAAGAUGCAGAAGAAACUCAAGAAUUUGUUAAAACAAAAGAAAAAAUCUAAAGAAAGAAUGGCAACUCUCCUACUGCAUAUAAUAAGAAAAUGCCUCUAAGACCCCCUUUAAAAGAUAUGUUUAGAUAUCAAACAUACUAGCCUUUUG